CAAACUAGUGCCAAAUAAACGAGACGGCCUUCUAAGCACACAGCCACGCCCACACUCACAGCCCACCCGGAAAGAUGCUGCUCGGGCUGUGGCUCUGCUUGGCCCUGCUGCUGUGCAGCGCCCAGGCAUUAUCCUUGACGAAUGCUGCCGCCGAGCAGGAGGAGCGCAAGCUGUCGCUGGCGCAGCAUCUCAGCUUUCAGGGCGUGCGCCGCAUGCUGCGCGAUGAGCACGCCCCGGCCCACUAUAAGGCCGAGCUGCGCUACCAGCACAAGCGCGAGACGCAGCCGCGCGAGAAACGCGAAGCGGCAGGCGCUGCGCUGCUGAAUCUGACGCGCCAAGGGCUCAGCGUCUACGACAGCCAGCAGAACUUUCAGGGCCAGUUCGAGCUAGUGCAUCGCCUCGAUCUCAGUCACAAUCGGCUGAGCAGCCUGCAGCUGCAGAACUUCACGCGGCUGCAGCAGCUGCACGCCUGCAACAAUUCGCUGACGGCGCUGCCCGCGCUCAGCGCGACGCUGGUCACACUGGAUCUCUCGGGGAACAGGCUGAGCCGGCUCUCGGGCAGCUUCUUCGAGCAGCGCAUGCCGCAGCUGAAGCAACUGAAUCUGGCGCACAAUCAGCUCGACGGCGCCAUCCAACGCCAGGCAUUCUACAAUCUAAUGGGUCUCGAGACGCUGCUGCUCAGCUGGAACAACAUCACGGACAUCGACUACGAAACCUUCCUGGCGCUGCCCAAUCUGCAGCAUCUGGAUCUAUCGCACAAUCGGCUGAGCGGCUCGGCGAUACGCGCUCUCCAGGGCAUACCCGAUCUGGUUAGCCUAUCGAUUGCCCACAAUCCGCAGGUGGGCGCCGCCAUGCAGGAGUUUGUCGCGUCCUGGAGCCUCAAGGAGCUGGACGCCAGCGGCACGGGCCUCUGCCAAGUGCCCGCCGCCCUGGCCCAAUCCGUGCGCACGCUCAAGCUGUCGCACAACUGGCUGCAGUCCAUCAACUGCGGUGACCUGGACAGCUAUCCGCUGCUGCAGUACCUGGAUCUGUCGUACUCGCACGUGGCGCAGCUGGAGGACGAUGCGCUGGGUCGGCUGGAGCUGCUCGAGCUGCUGUUCCUCGAUCACAAUAGCCUGAUGCAUGUGCCGAACAGUCUGCCCACCUCGCUGGAGCACCUGUUUCUGCAUCACAACAGCAUCAUGGAGCUGCAGCCGCAGGCAUUCGCCGGCCUCAAGAAUCUGAAGACCCUGGAUCUGUCCAACAAUCGUUUGAUGUUCCUGCCGGCACUGCCGCUGCCCCAGCUGCUCACGCUCAAUCUGCAGUCGGCGGGCAUUGAGUCGGUUAGCCAGGCGAUUGUGCACACGCUGCCCCAGCUGCGCGAUCUCCUGCUGGAGGACAAUCCCGUGCGGUGCAGCGAUUUGCUGGGCAUUGCCGAAUGGGCCAGCCCCUGUCGCAGUGUCGAUUUGGGCCGCACCGUGGGCCGCAUCGAUCUGAAGCGACGCUACGUGCAGCUGGCCAACUUUUACGAGAGCUUCAGCCCAGCGUGCGGGGGCGUGGCAAAUGAACUGGCCACCGGAGACGAGGAGGCUGUGCAGCAGCUGGCCAAAUCAAUGCCGCCCACUUGCGGCAUAGCAGCGACAACAACAAUGCCAGCAACGAUGCCAAAAGUGCACAAGUCAAAGGCAGCAGCAACAGCAGCAACAGCAACAACAGCAGCAACAACAACAACAGCAGCAGCGACAGCAACAACAAUUGCAACAGCCACAGCCAUUGGCGUGCCAAGUUUGCAGCGCGCUGCCAAACGCACAAGCAUUUUGGCAAGCAGCUCAGCGCCAGCGCCAGCAACAACAACAACAACAACAACAGCAGCAGCAGAAGGAGCGCCGGCCAGACUGGCCCAGCCAACAAACAUUAGCAAUGUUGCUGCGGUGCCACAAACAAUUUUGGCGCUUAUAAGCUCUGACAAGGCAAACAAACAAAAACUGGCCAAGAGUGUAUUAAAAGAGACAGCAGCAACUACAAUAGCAACCACAGCAACUACAACAGCAACAGCAGCAACUACAACAAUCAUUGCUCAGGAGGCAAAGCCGAUGCAUAAGCAUGCCACGCUGCAGCUGCAUAUUAAAGAUCGCCAUCUAAUUGGAACGCCGCUGCUGAUGCACAAGGGCGACAACCUGCUGAUAGAUGCGGAGCAAUUGCUGCUGCCCGGAACGGCAACUGUGGCGGAUGCGGAAACAUUGGCUGCCAGCCAGCGGCAGGAAGCGACUGAUAAGCGACAAGCGGAAGCAAUAAAGGGCGACACAAAGGCGACUGCAGCUCAUGCCGAGCAGCAGCAGCAGCUGGAGCUGGAGCAGCAGCUGGAGCAUGCCAAGCUGAAGAAGAAGCAGAAGCCCUCGCUGAGCAUUAAGAAGAUGACCUACAGCACCAAGCAUGCAGCAACAACAACAACAACAACAACUGAAGCAACAACAGCAACAUCCACGCGACCACAGCAUCAACACAGCAGCGUCAACACGCCGAACGCAUUUAAGCAGGAGCUGAGCACAUUCGCCCAGCUGAAGGCGUUUGUGGAGCUCAAGACGGAAGCCUCCAAGUCCGCCCAGCUGCUGGCCACGCGCCUCCAUCCACAGCAGAGCCUGAAUGGCAGCCAUCCCGGCCUGAUGCUGCUGCUCGCCUGCAUCCUGGUGAUUGUCCUGCUCGCCGGCCUCGCGCACGUCUAUCGCUGCGAGCUGCCCUGGCAGCGUGGACCGCGCGCCGGACACCAGCGACCGCAUCAGCAGCGCCAGCUCAAUGAGAACGACGACGUGCACAGCUUUCUGCAUUAUCAGGGCUCCGGGCAGACGGAUCCGGCACGUCUGAGCGCCUGGCAUCACAGCACCAGGCGCGAGGCGCCCUACAGCUCCCCGCUGCACAAUCUGCAGGCGCGUGAGCUGCAGCGCGAGCAGCAGAAGUUGCAGUUCUACAGCGCUUCCCUGGCGGACAGCUCAGCCAGCGGCAGUGGCAGUGGCAGUGGCAGUGGCUGCUCCUCCGGCAGCAGUCGCAGCAGUCUGCAUUCGCCCAGCAACGAGGACAGCUACUACAUAGAGAUGGCGCCCAGCAGUCCCAUGGCUGCGGCCGGCGGCAUGCCCCAUCUGCCCAUGGAGCUGCUGGGCAACAGCAACAGGAGCAGCAGCAGCAGCUUACAUAGAGCUGCCCCACAGCUGGGCAGUGGCCAGACGUCGACGUCGACGUCAGCGUCAACGCUGCGCUCGAUGAGCAGCAAGCUGAUGGCGCCCAGCACACGCCGGCUGGGCAUCUGGUGACAAACCGUUUUUGGACAGCGACAAUACGCAACACUCCAGUGAAUCAAGGGCAAAUAAACAAACAGACACGCACACACACACACAUAGAACACAUAUAUACAAAUAUAUAUAUAUAGAAAACAUUCUGCAUAGUUUUAAGCCACAAAAUGAGUCAUAAACCAAAGAGGAAGCAGCAGCAUAGAAAGAGAUAUACACGCAUACAUCUUUAUAUAUAUAUACUGGCUAUUUAUUUAUAUAUAUCUAUGUACACACACACACGUAUACAUAUAUAUUUAUGUUCGCCGAGUCUCGUUUGAUUUAUGGCUCAUCGUGGCCGCACACGUGGCAGGCAUCUUAGCGUCUAGGUUAGCAGCAACAAUUUGUCAUAAAGUUUCGUUACGUAUACGCCGCGUGCAGCGGCCAGCAGCCAAAUAGCCAAGAGCAGCCAAAUAGCCACCGCCAGCUACAUUUUAUGGGCCAUCAGGCAACACCCACCUCACCAGCCCCAGCCCCAGCCCCCGCACUCUGUCGCCCAUUCGCAACAAGGCCCUCGAUUUGAUGUCCAUCUUGUGGUUGUAUUUGGGUCAGUUUACACCAGGGCUAAAGCCCCAACUUGAGUAUCUGUGUGAGCUUGAGUGUGUGUUUCCGUGUGUGUGUGUGUGUGUGUGUGCGUUGGUCAGUUAACUUUAUAUGUGUGCAUAAGUGGCUGUCCGUUGGCCAAGAUUAAGUGUUUUGAUAGUCAUGCAUAUAAAAAUGAAAUAUAUCGAUAAAGUAUUAAAUAACAGUUUAGUUUAUGGCCAAAAGUCAGCAGCUACAGGCCCGGCUCGAGCCGUUCCAAUCGGCCAUAACGAGUUCCGCC